CGUAUUUAUAAUUUAAUUCAACUUGUUAUUAGUUUGUGUACGGUGAUUUUAAUUGAUAUUAUACUGAAUUAAAAAUGAAGGUUCCAGAUGUAAAAAGGUGUUGUUUUUGUAUUCCAUUACGGUCUGGGAUUAUUAUUUUUGCAUACAUAAAUAUAAUUUUCCUCGUCUUAACGGUGGCGGUACUGGUAAUAAAUACAGAGAUGCAGAAGUACACACUAACGAAUGAUUCUUCAGUGGAGGUCCUGACCUCUACCAUCUUGUUCAGUAUACUCGGGAUGGGAGUCAUUCUUAACUUUCUACUUUUAGUCGCCGCUUAUCAGAAGGAUCUCUCAAUGUUACGUCUGUUCAACUACUACGCUGUGACGACAUCCCUGGCCGCUCUGGUGCCGACGUUCUUUCUUAUAUCUCGUCGAGUUUAUAUUGACGGUGCUGUCUCAUUAUUCGCUAUAGCAAUGCAAUUCUACGUCAUCAUGUUGGUCCGUAGCGAGGUUGUGAAACUAGAAAAAAAGCUGUACUGCCGCGGUGAAGAUGAACACGAAAAAGCCCAAGAGGCAAUACAUGUACCCGAUUCUGUCACUUUAUUAUAAGUGUGAUGAAAUUUAAA